AUGGAUAAGUAUUCAUAUGUGACCAAAGACUACUCAACUUACACCAAUGUCCCAACUCACGAAGGUGGCUAUGAUUAUGGGCCAAAACAAGCAGCUAAUUACUAUGUGGUUGAAACCACGACCGUUGAGCGGCGUCAUGGCCCAAUUACCAGGUACAAUAACGUUGGUAGUGCACCUCCCCAAAUAGAGCUUUUCAAGGAAUACGUUCCCAAAUACGCAUUGAAGGACCAUUACGAAGAUUAUGACCCAAACUAUGGGUCAGAUCAUGAGGACUUGAGCCCGCCUGGGUACCACAAACGUGAGAAUCUUAUGGAAAAGUUUCUCAGCAAGGUCCAACUUGGUGCAAGUCGACCCACUCAGACUAGCAUGUCUCGUAGCAUGCCUCGUAGUUACUUCUCAGAAGAAAACCACAAGAUUAAACCUCAAAACUUACCCAAUAAGGUUCGACCCAAUAGCCCAAAUCAUCAUUAUCCCUCAGGAGAAGGUCCCACGAUUAAAACCCACAAUUUGUCAGGCCAAGAUAAGUACCCGACUCAUACAUACCCAUCAGAAGAAGGCCACAAGGUUAAAGCACAAAACUUUCUAGGCCCAAAUAAUUAUCAGCUUAUUAGCCCGACUCAUAGUGAUCCCUCAGAAGAAGGCCACAAGAUUAGAACUGAAAACUUGUCGGGCCCAAAUAAGUAUCGUCCCACUAGCCCAACUCAUAGGUACCCCUUGGAAGAAGACCACAACAACAAUUUUCAAAGCCAAAACGUGUUAGGCCCGAAUAAGUACCAACAUAUUAGCUCAACUCAUAGCUACCCUUUACAAGAAGGCCAUAAUACCACAACCCAAAACUCAUCCGGGUCGAAUAAGUACCAACCCAUUAUCCCAACACAAAGUUAUCCCCCGGAAGAAGGUCACAAUGUUAAAACCCAAAACAUGGCUCGCUCGAAUAGAUACCAACCCACUAGCCCAACUCAUAGCUACCCCUUAAAAGGACAUAAUAUUAAAACCCAAAACUCAUCAGGCUCAAAUAAGUACCGACCCACUAGCCCGAUACGUAGUUAUCCCCCAGAAGAAGGUUAUAAGAUUCAAACCCAAAACAUGCCUGACCUGAAUAAGUACCGGCCCACUAGCCCGACACAUAGUUAUCCCACAGAAGAAGGUCACAACAUAAAAACUCAAAACAUGUAUGGCCCAAAUAAGUACCGACCCACUAGCCCAACUCAUAACUACCCAUCAGAAGAAGGCCAAAAGAUUAAAAUCCAAAAUUUUCCAGAUACAAAUAAGCACCAACCUACAAGUCUGAAGCCUACAUAUCCCUCAAAAGAAGGUGACUUGAUUAAGACCUCCCUGGGCCCAAAUAAGCAUCAUCAUUCAAGCCCUGUCUCAGAAGGUAGUCGAUAUGUUAGGAGUGGAAACUUUAUGGUCCCAAAUAUCCAUUGGCUGAGUGCUGGUCCACCAAUGACACAUCAUCCUCUAACAACCUCCACCAAUAAUAUCAAUGAAGCCUUAAGUUUUAUAACAGAAUCGGUGAAUUAUUCAUCUCGUUCAGGCCCAACACAAACAGGUGGAGCCCGUAAUUCCGGCUUCCAUGCACAACCAAUCGAACCCGUAAGGCGAUAUGCAAGGCCUGGAUUUAUGGGCACAACUACCCAAACUUCUUUCGAAUCAAACACCAUUGACAGUCGAGAGGCCAUGGAGAAGUAUAAUGGUGUUCUUGUGCCAUAA